AUGACGAGUUAUAUGCCCUUUAUACAGUACAAAACCAAGAGGCAAUUGAGUUUCGAAGACAAACCAGAAAGUAUAAUAGUAUUUUCUCAUUCACAUCAUUUGGGGCAAGGUUUGAUAGAGAGCUUGCAUCAAACAAAAAGGGUAUUUUCACAUUUAGAGCACAAGGACAAAUAUAUCAUAAUCUCCCCUCUAAUUCCAGAAGAAAAAAAGCCUUCCUACUUUCAACUUUACUUCUCCGAUACGGAGAAUGAGUUGCAAAAUCGAAUGGGAAUAUUAGAUAAUGCAAACAUGAGUACGACUACAACAAGAAGAUUGAUGGAUAUAUUAGAAGGAAACCCAUAUGCAAAAUUUCUGCGAAAACUGAAUGAUUUUCCAUCUCUUGAAGACUUCAAGAUCAUUAUAAAUAGAGAUGCUGCAGUAGAUCAACCUCUUGAAGACUUCAAGAUCAUUAUAAAUAGAGAUGCUGCAGUAGAUCAACGUGUUUAUAACUCGCCAAUAGUGGAUCAGGUUGCAGCUGUCUGGAUAGAGGGAAAUAAUGAAAAUGUUCCGUAUGAGAGAGAAAUAGUUGUCCAUUCACACUCUGGAAAGAAUCAUCAAGUUAAGCACUAUUUUGGUGUUAAAGCACCAAAGGCGGGAAGCGUAUCAUGUCGAGAACAUUAUUGUUACAAGUUCCAGAUAAGAGACACUAGACAAUCUACUGUAUUAACAUCGGCAGGCCGGUUGUUCCAUCAAUAUGCUGUUGAUAUGUACAUAAAGCUUGAAACAACAAGACUUGAUUAUUUCAGAAAGAAACAAUCAGAAAUCAGAGCAGAGUUAUUUCAAGGCAUAGUCGAUAGUGUAGCUGUUGGUGAAGCAAAAGCAUGUCAAGUCAAAAAAAGAAUAGUGUUGCCAUCAUCAUUUAUUGGUGGUCCUAGAGAUAUGCGUCGUAGAUAUCUUGAUGCAAUGUCAUUAGUACAACGAUUUGGAAAACCAGAUAUUUUCAUCACAAUGACAUGCAAUCCUGAAUGGGAAGAAAUCAAGGAGGAGCUACAUCCAGGACAAACACAUAAUGAUAGACCGGAUCUAACCUCAAGGAUAUUUAGAGCAAAAUUGCAAGACCUGAAAGAUCAGCUAUUUAAAAAGAAAAUCUUUGGAAAAGUUGCUGCCCAUGUUCAUGUCAUCGAGUUUCAAAAAAGAGGGUUGCCUCAUGCACACAUGUUAAUUAUUCUAAUGGGAAAGCACAAAAUAGUAUCAUCAGAUCAUUAUGAUAAGUACGUAUCAGCAGAAAUUCCAGACCAGUAUGAAAAUCCAAUCCUAUAUGAACUGGUAAAAAAACAUAUGAUGCACGGUCCUUGUGGAGAGUUAAAUAUGAAGAAUGUUUGCAUGCAAAAUGGCGAGUGUAAGUAUCACUACCCUAGAGAGUUUUCUCCAAGAUCAGUACAAGCGAAAGAUGCUUACCCAAUUUAUAAAAGGAGCAAAAAUAAUAGAACAAUGUUGGUUCGAAACAAAAUUCUUAAUAAUCAAUGGGUGGUACCUUACAAUCCCUAUUUUCUGAUACGUUAUAACUGUCACAUCAAUGUUGAAAUAUGCUCAGGCAUAAAAGCAGUGAAAUACCUUUAUAAGUACAUAUAUAAAGACCAUGAUAGAGUCGCAGUAAACAUUGAGUAUAAUGAAGGUGAAAAAGUUGUGAAUGAAAUCAAAAAUUUUCAAGAUGCAAGAUGGGUAUCAACUCAGGAAGCUUUCUGGAGAAUAUAUGAAUUUCAUCUUAAUGAGAUAUUCCCGGCUGUCAUUAACUUACAACUCCACAUGCCAAAUCAACAAUAUGUUUCUUAUUGGAAACAUCAAGACCUAUCGAAAUUGAUUCACUUGGAACAUGUCUCCAAGACGAUGCUUACAGAAUUUUUUACUAUGUGUAAAAAAAUUAAAGAAGGUAACAAGAAGAAAUAUGAAAAUGACCAUGAAAAGGAGUUAUUAUAUGUGGAAUUUCCUGAAUGUUAUGUUUGGGAUUCAACAUCAAAAUCUUGGAAUUUCCUGAAUGUUAUGUUUGGGAUUCAACAUCAAAAUCUUGGAGUCCAAGAAAACAGAGACAAGUGA